CAACGCCCGGGUAUAGGCACGCUAAUAGCUUUCCGUUACGAUACGGGACAACCCCUUUUUUCUAACUUUCUAGUUCUGUUUCUUUCCGCGGUUCUAAGUAAAACACAAAAAAAGUUAAUGCGUGGAUAUGGCACCCAAAAAGAAGAUGUCCAAAAAAGAGCGUGCCCGCCUGGAGGCUGAACAGGCCGAACAUCAACGGAUGGAGGUGGAGCGGGAGAAGCAGCGCCGGGUCGAGGAGGAAAAGAUGCGAAAAGUUCGCGAGAAGGAAGAAGCCGAACGCAAGCAGGUCACCGAGAUAGUGGCCAACAAGCUGAGGAAAGUCCAGCUGGAGGAUAGCUACAAGUACUUUGCCUUAAUUAAAGAGGAGGUCAAACAUCUUCACGCCCAGCAGAAAAAGGAUCGAGAAUGGGAGCAGUAUAUGCGGUGCAACGGGCUGCCGAAUGCGUUUGAUCCUGCGGAUUUGCGAAAGUAUUUGCACAUCUGGUGCGAGGGCAUCCGGCAGUUUAACCGGCGGGAGCAGAACUGGCUGCUGUGCACGAACGAGCAGAGCAUAUUGACACAGGACGUCAACGUGCCGAACCUUUCGCGGGAGUGUCUGAAGCAGCAGCAGCCGGAAAUGGGCACCAUGUACGCGGUCAAGACGCAGGAAGUCCUCGGGAUAUUGGAAGAGAUAGAUGACGCCCUGCACGAUUCGGAUAUGACACAGGCGAUGAUUGAUGACCUGCACGAGAUGAAAACCGAGUUCCGGCGUGUUCUUGCCAGCUACAUCGACGAGCUCGCCUACAAAAUCCUGUGCAACAUCAAUCGCGAUAUGAAGCUGAACGGUUUGCUCGAGAUCACGCACCAGUUCGAGUCCGAUGUCUUCAAAACGCAGCUUUAUGGUCUACGCGAUAUGCCAACACCCCAGCUGAACGCCAAGGAAAAAGCCAAGGAGGACAGCAAACACACCGAGAUCGAUAUGCCACUUUUGGGGAUCCAUUUGAUUCUGCCCGCUGCCGUCAAGUGUCAUCAAUCGGCCGUUCGAGGUUUAUGGCUGAGUUAUGACCAUUUCAGUGACUAUUGUCCCAGUUACGACAUCGCCUACAGGCAGGAUCCACGUGCUGAUCUGCGAAUUAUUAGCCGCAUCGAGUGGAAAAAGCGAAAGGAGAUCCUGAAGGCCGUCUACGAGGAACCGCGCGAGAAACGCACCGAAGAUUCCGAGGAAGAGGAGCGCUCAUCCCACGAUAUCGAUAUCGACAAAAUUUACACCGAGCACGCGGACGAACUGAUGAAGAAGGAGCGGUCCAAAAAAGGGACCAAAUCGCUAACGCUGUUCGAGCACGACGUGAAUAUGAGAAGCCACCGGGUAAUUGCCGGUGUUUAUUGCAUCGAUUAUCUGGAACAACCGUUGCAGGAGCUGAAGAUUGGGAAAAAAUCGCUGCUGCGGACCGUCCCUCAGCCGGGAGAGCUGACUCGCAAAAAGUGGUACCAACCGUAUCGUCCACCUCCUGCUCCCCAGCCCGGCGUACGGCGACUGCCCGAGGAAAUCGAGGCCGAAAUCAAACAGAUGGAGGAAAACCUCGACAAACUGGCACUGAUAACGGUUCAGCUGCCGGAGAAUGUAUUCUGGUUCGAGCCACCGACCGUUUGCCGCUGGGAGCUGAUGGAGGAAACGCUCGAAUCCGACCCCAGCUUCGCAAAGUAUCUCGACAAACACAAACAAAUGGUUCAGGCGGCCAGGGCCCGGAAAGUCAAGUCGGUGCGGGACCGAAAAACCAAAUACGUCGAAGAUUUUAACAUCCUCGACAUACCGUCACAUGUUCAUCUGAGCUCAAUCGUGGCGGAUUUCAUAAUCCCUAAGCUGCCACAAAACUACACCGUAAAAAUAAUUCCCCAAGAGGAUAAAAAGAAAACCACCCACCUGCUGCUGCUCGAAGGCGGGAAAAAGUCGUUGUCCCGCGAAAAGAAGAAAAAAGUUGCCAAAGCUCCGUCCUCGAUGGCGCUGACGAAUAUCAUAUACGAAACCCAAAUCCCAUCGUAUCUGUUUCCUCCCGGCAGCGGUGGCAAAAUCUUGAAAAUCUUCAACCGACGUAACAAAUUGAGCUAUCCAUCUGUACAGGAGGAGGAAGAUUCCGACGACCAGGGGGAUUACGAUGAUUCCGACAACGACAGUGUGUGUAACAACAAGACGAAAAAGAAACAAUACCUGUUUUCCAAGUUCAUGAAAGACCUAGACGAGCUUAUCGAGACCAAGACGCCAAAGUUUGAAGUAAAGAUGGAGGAAAUCGUUGUAACAACUGGCGGGAAACCGGAACCGGGGAGCGGCCGUGGUGCGGUGCAGAUUGUUCGAUCCGAGGAACGAGGCCACCGCGAGAAGGGUGAGAAGGGCAGCAAGAAAGUGCAAAAGAGUAAAUUUGACUCCGAUGACGAGGAAGUGGAUUACGGGGACAUCCUGGAGGUGGGCAACUAUCUGAUGGUCGACCAGGACAAGGACUACGUUGGGAAAUGGUCCACCAGGGACAUACACGAUGUGAAGUUCAACGAAGACAGAUUGACCAUUCAAUUCCGCAUCGGACGGCUGGGGGCUUUCGGGUUUGCCGCUAACCGGUACAGCAAUUUGCCGUAUCAAUCGUGGGAACUGAAGCCGGACAUCAAGAACCCGGGGCACAUAACAAACUGGCUGGAGGAAGCAUAUCCGCCUUCAAUCAUUCUGUUUGGGGUGCUUGCGCUCGUUGUCCCUUCUUGGAAACCUUGA